AUGGUCGACUUUGCCGUGGUCAAAACUCCGCGGUCCGACGACGAGACGCCGACACCAACGUCGUCCACUGCGCUCGUGCUGCGACUCACUGUGCUUCUUUGCUUUGGCAUCUACAUCUUUGGCAACAUUGCGACGUGGGCACCGCUCUUUGAAUUGCAGCUCGUCAACACCAUGACCGAGUGGUGGCAUGGCUACCCCAACAACGGCGGCUCCGUCGUGGCGGGCCACCACUCCAAGAUCAUCGACACGGGCAUCGGGCGCAACAUUACGAUCACGGGCCACACCGAGUUUGUCCGACCGACGUUCCUCUUUCUUUUUUGCAUCUUGCCGUUCUUUGUCGGUCUCCUCCUCAUUGAGACCCUCGGGCAUCCCUCUCUCGCGCCUCGUCGUGCCACGUCAUCGGCGUUUUGGCGCGUCGCCCAAUGGAUGCGCCGCAAGCCGUCGCUCUUUGGCAGCGUGUCCCGCUGCAGUCUUGGCGAGUGGCUCUUUGGCGUCGUGUUUGUCAUUGGCGGUAACGUCCUCUGCUUUUACUACGAGUGGGACCGACGCGUGGCCUUGGCCAAGGCCGCCGGGGCCGGCAAGAUCAGCACAACCAAGUACUGGAACAUGGUCGGCAUCAGCGCGGCGUACCUCUGCAUCUACAACAUGGCGUUUCUCCUCCUCCCCGUCUCGCGCAACUCGGCGUGGAUGGAGUUUAUGAACAUCUCGUACGCCAACGGCGCCAAGCUGCACCGCUAUGUGGGCUACAUGACCGUCUUGACCGGCGUUGUGCACACGGGCGGCUACUGGGGCAAGUGGGUCCGCGACGGCACGUGGGUCGCCAACCAGGCGCCGUGCAUGAAUUGCAACUUUACGGACGAGACGACGGGGUAUUUUGCGUGGUUCAACUUUUUCGGGCUCGUCUCGGUUGUCGCGCUGCUGCUGCUGCUCCCGACGUCGAUCCCGAUUGUGCGCCGAAAGGCCUACGAGUGGUUUUACAUCUCGCAUUGGGUGCUCUUUCUCACUGCGCUCUCUUUCGCGAUUCUGCAUUGGACGCAGAUCCUCUGGUGGAUCCUUCCGUCCGGCCUGCUCUUUCUCAUUGGCCGCGCGUGCUCGAGCUACAACGCCCUAUCGCCUGUGGCCGCGACCAUGCGCGUCAUUGGUGGCAACAUUGUACAAGUUGUCCUCGCUGUGCAGAGCGACUACUUGGUCGGCCACUUUGUCUACCUCAACGUCCCGGCCAUUUCCAAGCUGCAGUGGCACGCGCUCACUAUCGCGUCGUCGGCCAAGACCUCUGGCGCCACGACCAUGACGCUGCUCGUCAAGCCCGUUGGCGACUGGUCGACCACGCUCCUGACGUAUGCGGCCGAGUGCGGCGACGCUGCCGUGGUGUUUGUGGAUGGCUUUUGUGGGGCGGCCCUCAACCACCUUGCCCACUUUCGCACGACCCUUCUUGUCGGCGGGGGCAUAGGCGUCACCCCGAUUCUGGCUGUGCUCGAAGAGAUGGCGCACAGCGUGCAUGCGACCGGUGUCUGGGCGCAAUGUGUCGUCCUCGUUUUCUCUGCGCGUGACCUUGCUUUGUUUGAGCUACUCGCGCCGGUUCUCACCAAGCUUCGCGAACUCGACCCGCAGCAGAUCCAUUUCACAUCGCACCUCUUUCUUUCGACGCACGCCGACGACAACGCCCUUGACGCCCCCUCACGACAUCGCCGUCGGUGGCCAAGCCGCUACGAGCGACGACCGGUCGCCCAUUCCGCGCCCCACUGCAGUCACGAACGACCCGGGGCAAACCACUACUCUCUGUGGCCACUCCAGCGGGCGUUUGAGCUUGCUGUCUUCACCGCCACGAUCCUCGUCGUGUACGUCUUCCUCUGGGCCGAGGCCGUAAAGGCGACCCACGACACGGCAGCGCCCCUCCCGAGCGAUGACGCGCUGCCAGCCACCAUCGUGACGAUUCGAGACCUCCUGUUGCACCUGGGGGUCACGGUUGGCACUCGCCCGACUGUCCAUGCGCUUGUGGCCGACACCCUCGCGAAGCACCGUGCCGAGAACGGGGUCGUGGGGGUCAUCGUGUCUGGCCCCGAGAGCCUCAAGUGCGCAGUGAACGAUGCGGCCGUUGCCCUUGGCGCCCACUUUUUUGACAUUCACGAAGAAGAGUUUGAGCUCUAA